UUUCAGAAUUCUAACUUCUAUAUUUUUAGAGAGCUUCCAUGUUUUCCUCCUCUAGCUCUUGCCACUUCAACUUUGAAGGUAAGUUAUAGCUCUCAAUCGGAAGCAAAAAUGGCUGACGAGGAUUAUGAUAUGGACGGAGGAUAUGAGGAUGAGCCCAUAGAGCCCGAGCCUGAUGAAGGAGCAGAGGUCGAAGAAGAUAAUGUCAACAAUGAGGAAGUGCCAGACCCCCUUUUGGGUGAAGGUGAGGAAAAACCAGAGCAGGAGCCUGUGGAACGACCUCGGAAAACAUCCAAGUAUAUGACAAAAUAUGAACGUGCAAGAAUCCUGGGUACUCGAGCGCUCCAGAUCAGCAUGAAUGCUCCUGUUAUGGUUGAGUUGGAGGGUGAAACUGAUCCACUUGAGAUUGCAAUGAAAGAGCUCCGAGAAAAGAAGAUACCUUUCACAAUUCGUCGAUAUCUGCCAGAUGGAAGUUAUGAGGAUUGGGGAGUAGAUGAAUUGAUCGUUGAGGAUACAUGGAAGAGACAAGUCGGAGGAGCUUGAAACAUGUUUACAUGCUGUCUGAAUUGUCUACCUGUAGGCUCGUGAAGAACUAUUCGGUCGAUCAACUUAUUCUCUAUGAAAUCCCAAACUAAUUGUGCUUUGUGAACAACUAUUGAUGUAGAUAAAUGCUUGUGUACUCCCUAAAGAUAUUACUACUGGUUGUCACCUCUUUGUGUUUAAUUUAGACUGCAGCUUUUAGUUGGUA